ACUCUGAAAAGAAGAGAAUGCCUUCUUCUACAGCUCUUGUUUCAUAUACUCCUCCAGCUUCAACCAUUAUUAGACCUUCAAACCUAAACCCAAAUCAUCAACACCAACUUAACUUCCUCUUCUGCUCUCCAAGCCCACCUAGAAGAAGAACACUCCAUCAUCUCUCUUUUAAACCCAGAGUUUCUUCUUCUUCUUCUUCUUCUUCUUCUUCAUCUAUUACAGAAUUUGAUCUCUACGAGCUUCUUGGCAUCGACAGCACAUCGAAUCAAUCGCAGAUAAAGUAUGCUUAUCGUUCGUUGCAGAAGCGGUGCCACCCGGACAUCGCCGGUCCGGCCGGCCAUGACAUGGCCAUCAUUCUUAACGAGGCUUAUUCAGUUCUCUCUGACCCCAAUUCGCGUUUGGUCUACGACAAGGAACAAUCGAAAAUAACGGAAUUUAAAGGGUACACAGGGAAGCCACUCUACUCAACAUGGUUCGGACCGGAAACGGAAGAACGUGCGGUGUUCGUAGAUGAAGUCAAGUGUGUUGGGUGCUUAAAAUGUGCGCUACUUGCCCAGAAGACAUUCGCUAUUGAAUCAGCUUAUGGUCGUGCACGGGUUGUGGGUCAGUGGGCUGACCCGGAAGACACAAUCCAAGAAGCUGUAGAUGCAUGUCCUGUUAAUUGCAUCUGGUUUGUGGAGAGAUCUAACUUGGCGGCCUUGGAAUACCUAAUGUCCAAACAGCCACGUGGCAAUGUCAGAAUGAGUGCUGGGAAUGCGGUUGGAACACGAGUCGCUGAUGUAUUAACUGAAGUGGAGAAAUUUCAAACCAGAUAUGUUGAAGCCAAAAGAAAAGGUGCCAAAUCUAAUGAUUCGAAGGAGUCAGACCUCCAAAGAGAAGCCAUCAUGUCAGCAAUUCACUCCAUCAGAUCAUUCUCAAAUUGGUGGUACUGGAUAUCACCCAAACCUGGAGAAUCCUGCCUGAAUUUGAUUCCGGUUACCACAAAGCCCACUCUACCACCAGGUACAGACAAGCUUAGAAAAGCAGUUGCUGCCAGGAGACAAGCUGCAAGAGAGAAAAUUGGAUCCUCCUCAUCUAGCAGUAGUUACAGCCUAAAUCAUGAGUACUGGAAGCCAUCACCCCUAAUACUUCCUGCAGCUACAACAACUGAUCAGAGCUCUGAUUCAAAUUCAACUUCAGGGUCUAGACCUAAGAUGAGAGAGUCAAAGGUCAAAGAAGAAGAGAAGUAUGGGGCCUCAGUGGAUAACUAUCAAAGGGAUCCCAUCCGAUGGAGGAUUCCGGUGGCAAUGGCGACUGUCGGGGCAGUGAUAGUACGGUUGCAAGUCGGAGAUCAGGGGGCAAGUGGAAGUGAUGGCUUGAAAGAUCACAUAGCUGGCUCCAUGGUGUUACAGAUUGUUAACAGCUCUUGGUUACAAGUCAUUUUGGCUGGGGUGACUUGGUAUCUUAUUGGUAUGGCAAUGGUAGAAUUGGUGGAUGUUUUUAGAAUCAAGGGAGAGAAAGCAGGUAACAAAAGAGAAAGUUAGAUCGUAUAGCAACAUAUAAUAAUUCUAGUUUGAUUAUU